AUGAAGGCAUGGCUGACGAAUACAGAUGAAAACCCUCCAAUUCGUGCGGAGCCGACGGACGGGCUCACCUUGAGAGAUGUCGAGAAAGCCGAGCCGGCCUCAACCUCAUCGCCGACAAGCUCGGAACGUGACUUCGAAGGUCGUGUAGGCCCUGCGAAGCGCUACUUCAAAUCGAUCGAACAGACUCUGUUCAGAUACAACAUCGAGGCUCGUGGGGUGGAGCGGGUGCUCCCGGAGCAUCGACAUGACAUGCACCGGAUGGGCUUCGUUCAAGUCUGCCUCGUGUGGAUCAGCAUCAACCUCGAGGCGAUCAUGGUCACCCUCGGCAUGCUCGGACCCGCCGUCUACUACUUGCCGUUCACUGACGCUUGUCUGCUCGGCGUCUUCGGCGCUCUCCUCGGCAGCCUACCGGUGGCCUACAUUGCCACACUUGGCCCGAAAUCCGGCCUGCGUACCAUGAUUCUCACGCGCUACGUUACUGGUUGGUGGCCGUCGAAGCUCAUCGUUGUUCUCGCUUUGAUCGUAUUCUUGGGCUACCUGCUCAUCGAUGCCGUCAUCGGUGGACAGAUUCUCAGCGCCGUCAGCCCCAACGACAGCCUGAGCGUCAUCGUCGGCAUCGUGAUCGUUUGCGUCUUGAGCUGGGUAGUCUCGACAUGUGGAUAUGCCUUCUUCCAUACCUAUGAGAGAUACGCAUGGUUGCCACAACUGAUCAUCCUAUGUCUACUCGCGGGUGUCGCGGGCCCAAAGUUCGACCUGACGGCGAAUCCAUCCGAAGGCGCGUCCUUGGGCGAGAUCGCUGGCAACCGGCUCUCCUUCUUCAGCCUGUGUCUCGCAAGCCAAAUCACCUACGCCCAAGCGGCCGCCGAUUUCUUCGUCUACUACCCAGUCGACACCUCCCGCACGAAGAUGUUCCUAUCGACAACCAUCGGCCUGACAGUCUCCUCAGCCUUCACCCUCAUCCUCGGAAUCGGCCUCGCCUCCGGCACAGCAUCGGUCCCAGAAUGGAGCGCCGCAUACGAGACGUCCCAAGGCGCGCUCAUCGUCGAAGCGUUCCGUCCCCUCGGCGGCUUCGGCUCCUUCUGCAGCGUCUUGCUCGCCCUCGGUCUGGUGGGGAACAUGGUGCCGCCGCUGUACGCCUCGGGGAUAGAUUUCCAAGCCCUCGGCCGUCCCUUCGCCCGCGUGCCCCGGAUCCUCUGGACCACCCUCGCCAUCGUCAUCCCCCUCGUCGCCGCGAUCGCCGGCCGCGAGCACCUCGCGCAGAUCUUCACCAAUUUCCUCGCCCUGAUGGGUUACUGGGUCAGCAUUUGGAUCGCCAUCGUCCUCGAGGAGCAUUUCCUCUUCCGGAGAUCCCUGGCCCGGCCCGAUGGAUGGGACUGGGCCGCCUGGGACGAUCGUUCCCGGCUGCCGCUGGGCCUCGCCGCGCUGUUUGCCUUCCUCGUCGGCUGGGCCGGUGCGAUCUUGUGCAUGGCGCAGGUGUACUAUGUCGGACCGUUGGCGGGCUUGAUCAGCGAGUAUGGUGGCGAUAUGGGCAAUUAUGUCGGUUUCGCUUGGGCUGCGGUCGUGUUCCCGCCCGCGCGAUGGCUCGAGUUGCGCCGCUUCGGUAGAUGA